UUUGCUUGUUCUUGUCUCUCAGCUCCUACUCCUCGGCCACGUCUGUCAUGCUUCUCCGCUGCCAGGACCUCUCUGGCAGCCAGAGCCUGAGGAUGAACUCUCCCAUCUCGCUCCUCGACCUUCGGCACCAAACGGCGACUCCGCUGACGAAGCUGGCAGUGCAAACUCUACUGCUACAGCCGUGCACGGUCUCCAAAUCGACGCCAACGAUUUCGAAGCUGCUGACUUCAACCUACGACAGUUGCAGAGAUACCAACAAAGGAUGAUGGAGUCCUUUUCGAGGAGGUCGUCGCCUGGUGAGCUAAUAUUGGCGUCUUCGGGAGAUGAAGAUAGCAGCGUCACAACUGAUCGCCAAGGAUAUAAUCAUGUCAACACGAUGAAUAUGAUGGAGCAUCAACAUGAAGAACAACAUGGUGGCUCUGAAGAUGUUGCUUCUACACGUCAACAUUCCCGACAAUCUACUCGUAGCCAGGAAGAUGAGCUACUUCUCGGAACUGCUACAUCCGGAAUUAAUACACUAACAGGAGGAACUGCGAAUCAUGAGGAGAAUGAUCAUAAUGAUGGCAUCUUCAACAACCCCAACUACAAUACCGGCAGCGCCGAUGUGUCAAGCUAUUCCAGUCCCCGUCGCCGUGCUCUAACUCUAAGUGACCAACAACACGUCUACUGUUCGCGAGUAUCUUCAGUCGGCAAUAGUUUUGUACAUGGCGCAGCUGCUCUAGACUCUGAUGACCUGGCUGAUUUGAUUAUGACCACGUCUUCUGCCAAUGCGCGUGGUAGUUCUGGCAGUCCCCUUCGCGGCUCGUCACUGGCACGAUUGGGGCUCAGUUUGCAUAACGGUAUAUGCCUAGAGCAGAUGCGAGCUAGAUUGGCUGGUGUGAGGGAAGGUGUUGGGAAUGUGGGAAACGGUGCUGGAGGAGCAGCUGGACGAAGUGGUGCUAUCGUUAGGGAUGGUCAACAGUCACUACAGUAUCUAGACAAGUAAGUAGAAGAAGUGCUUAACUUGCAAACAUCAAUGUUACUUCUAGCGAACAAGAAGUACUGUAAAAAACCAUAUUUUCUAGCAUCUGCAUCCUCUUGACAAGUAGAAGAAGUCCUUAUAACCAAAAGUCAAUAAAUAAUGUUCAAAAAUGUUACUAACGAACAAAGAAAGGAACAUAGACAUACAUCCUAGGCGGCCUAGCUGCAUCUUUCUCAUCUCAUCACUCCUGGCACAACGAGUCGGCCGCGUUCCGCUCAGCAUUGUUCCUGCUUCUCUGGUGCUAUGAGAAGUCUGUCAACUACAGCGCGUAGUCCUGCUGCAGGCUCGUCUGGAGUGCCAUCUGGUUCAUCUACUAUCACCAAUACAGCGACUGCAUCUGCAAUGCCUCCUGGAUCGUCUGCUGGUCGUGGCUCUCCCAGUAUAACUGCUGCGAUUGCCACUACAGAUGGACGGUCUACUGCUGCCGCUUCCUUGCCAAAUCAACAACAAGAUACAACUCGAUCUCUUCUGCUUACCCCACUCACAGAGCAAGAUAGCACCUCGCCUUCGCCUGAAUCCGCAGCCGGCAGUAUUACGACGACUGCUGGUGGAGAAUCCUCAUGCCUGUAUCAUUAUGGAGGAAUGUUGACUGGGGCUGGUGGCGGGCCUGGGGGUUGCACCAGAAGUGCAGAACAACUCGAAGCUGCUUGUCGUGGUGCGACAAUGGAAUCAGUUUCCGCAAUAAGUACCCGCCUAUCUUCUCCAGCAGCACCAUCACCCUCCUAUCAUGCUCCUGCCAGGUACUUUAGCGAUGAAGAACUGAUACAAUUGCAAUUGAUGUCGCCAACGGAAACAGGUAUUGGUACACCUUGUUCGACAAGUUGUAGACUUGUAGCGACAGAUGGGCCACCGACCGAGGAAGAGGGGACCACAAGCAAUGAACCUGUACUUGGAGUUGAGGAUGAGGAGCAAGAUGAAGGAGAUCUUCAAGAUGUUGACCAUGUUGAAUGUGAUCAAGUAGGGACAACCAUUGAUGCUUACGACAUUGAAAACCAGUUGUUGAUGUGUGCGAACAAUGUAGUGGAAGCCCAAGGGAGCAAUACUUCGCCAAGCUUACUCAACGAAGCCUCAUCCUCUACGUCUUCCUCCGCUUCCUUUUCCACUCGAAAGCGCAGCAUGCCAAAGAGCACGGGGGAUACUCCGUAUGUACGUGCAGGCGAAGCUACACGUCGCCGGUGGUUUCGGUCAAAACGGAGGAGUAAGGCGAGCCAGAACGAACAGGAGACUGUUGUGAUUCAGCCAAACAAAAGACUGCUGACAAGGAGAGCACGAGGCGGUAUAAGUCAUUUCGGGAAGUGAUCACUGACCUCUAAUUCUGAUGUAGUUUCCAACCUUUAAUUCACUUUCUCACAUGCACAUCAUCCUUCUUCUCGUCGUAUGAAGCUAGCACUCCAUCUUCCUGUUCCGCCCAAGCUCUUUACCACCACCACUUCCACUUUUGCCAGUUCUCAUGCCACGCAAUAAAAGAGCUUCCAAAUCGAGAAACGGUGCACUGACUAAUCGCAUCUGCUGCCUUGGAGGCAUCGUCAUUGGAACUUGCGUCGUCUGUUCGCUUUGCCCGAAUGAGAUACUGCGCAGAUGCAAAGAACUAGUACCUCUAAAAAGCACUUUCGACUUUGGACCAAUGCGCAAAGCACUACUAGACACAACAGCGCAGAUGAAAACUCAUCUCAGUGAUCAGCUUGGUGGACUUGGAGCUACUACCCCACCUGCGUCUGACCCAGCAAAUAAAAAUGGAGGAGCGCCGGAUGUAGUUGCAGCUCCAGCGCGAGCAUUUCUAGGCGGGGGGCGAAGAACAUCAGGGGUUGACGGCGUUUCUUUCGAAAUAAAGGGUGAAAUAGAUAUCUGCGUCGAACCAGGUAGUGGUAGAGCACAAGAUCACGAUGAAGCAUUGGUGCUUAGAAGUCGAUCACGAAUCCCACCCGCGGUCGCAGGCAGUCCUGCGGCGCGUCCUCUUGUGUCUCCCACACCGACACAAGGUGGACAAUCCGGAACAAGUACAACUAGUACAUCUCAGCCCUCAUCCUCUUGCACAACCGGUACAACACCAACUUCUGGCUGUUCUUUUUCACUCCUAGGAAACAACAGAGUUUGUGUCGUCCCAGCUGCUUUGGUAGUUGGAGCUUCUGUCGCAGUGAAAACUUCGAAAUCACGAAGAAACGCAGCAGCUUUGCGUAGAAGGGCGAACAUGGACAAGAAGACAUCAGGAGCUUCUGAGAAUGAGAAUACAUCAAAGGCCAGUGUUGGGGAAGGAGCAGUGACUCCAUCCUCAUCAACAAAAAAGAGAGCAUCAACGGCCAGUGUUGAGGAAGGAGCAGUGACUCCAUCCUCAUCAACAAAGAAAAAAGCAAAAUCCCGUCUCGGUCAACGGUUACGCAGCACUUUCCAAAGUCUGAUGAAAAAAUACAUAGCUGCUGUGCAACCUCGCAACUCGGCAGAGCAGCAAAUCUAUACUGAAACGCCGUCCUCAGAAGAAGUUGAAGAAACGAUAAGAGCUUUUGCUAAUGCUGGCACUGGUUCUGCCUCGUCGUCAGGGUCUGCGUCUGGUGCUUCUUCAUCAUCGUCCUCUUCUAGCUCUUUUACCGCUGCGGCUGCGUCACAUAAGAAAGCAAUCAUCAAGCCAGAGGUGGAAGAUGAACCACCUUCGUCGAGAACACCUUCAUCUUCUUCUAGAACUUCAUCAGACGAAAAAAACACGAGUACUCCUAAAGAAGAUGAGCAUCACACUCUUCUUUCCGAAACCGAAUCUACUCUUCGUGGCCUUUUUGUCGGUUUUCUCGAGGGUUUCACCGGCAUCGACGAUGUUCGCGCCUUGGGGAAAUCGGAGAAACAGCUGUUGAACGAUGUCAAAGUAGAUGUUGGGCUAUUGAAACAUGCUGCCAAGAGGCUACAAGCUGCGAAAAGCUACUUUACGGAUCAAAAUUGGGUUGGCUUCGUAGCUGCGAUGACGGAUGCUGUGGGAAAUUUGUCCGAAGUUUUUGGCAGUGCUGGUAGAUUGCAGGAAGAAUUCAGAGAAAACGCGGUGGCGAUGUGGGACAUUGAGAAAGCAGUACUUUUACUUUGAUUUUUGUUUGAGAAGAUUCUUUUGUGCUUCAUCUUGUUGCACCAUUAUCGUUAUCCUCGAAAUACAACUAAAGACAAGAAGGAUCAGUUGUUUACACCUAAUAGAAGAACAUCCACUACUGCUUGCUCCUGCUGAUCAUGAACAAGAUUCCGCUUCAGCACUACGACGUUCUUCGCGGGAUGCCACUCACUUUUCCAGUUUCUUGCGGAAGCUCAUCUUCGUCUUCGAGAGAAACAAGCACGAUGGUCUCAGAUGAGGACGAGAUGAACACAAAUGAUCCCGCUGUAGGAAACACGUCCUCUCCCAACAGAAGUGUUAGCACUAAUAUUAGGCGUACUUCUCCAACCACAAGAACUCCUUCAUCUUCUUUCUCUUCGUCAACUCCUUAUUCCUCGUCAACUCCUUAUUCCUCGUCAACUCUCUCUUCCUCUUCUCCUUCUUCGCUUUCUCGUCUGCAUCCGACGAAGGUCUUUGAGGCCGAAUUAUGUCCAGCUCGAUCAGUGGUGUUUUACGAGUGGAAGAAGCCUCCUAACGCAGCUGCUACUCGUGUGUCCUCUGCUGCAAGAGACUCGAGGACCCGAGGUCCCUUUUCAGCUGAACGAUAUAAUUCAUAUAGCACGAUGAAGACCAACUACAGCACGGCAGACCCAGACGCGGCAGCAAAAUCAAAAGGCGCCGUCUUUUUGAUCUAUCACGGUAUGCAUGGCCACGGACGCUGUGUGAACGCCGCCUACAUGGUGGAAAGCUUGCAUAGAUCGUAUCUGAAGGCGGCUAUGCUGGGGCAGGCGGGACAUCAAUCCACCGAUACAAGUAGCAGUGCGGCAGCAGAUCUUGAUGAUGACGACGAUGAUGCUGAUGAUGAUAAAAAGGGUGUUGACGAACAUAACAAGCAAGUAGUAGACAAUGAACUCGUCGAUACAACCUCUGAAUCAAGCGACCCUAGCAUCCACAUCUAUUCCAUCGACUACCCUGGUCACGGCGAGGCGCGUGGCGUAGCAAGUGGGCUAGUGGAAUACCCUGAUAUCAUUCACAUAGCAGCCGAAGCAGCAAGAACCGUGCAAAGAAGACAUCCCGACUUAGAUUUACAUCUAGCGGGGAUGAGUAUGGGGUGUGCUGUGAUGCUGAGUGGAGUGAUUCAGGAUGCAGUUGGACAGGAGGUAGUGGACGAGUCUACAAGAAGUCGAUGUAGAAGUAGUUCUGCUUGUUACCCUUUCUUGCGAAAACGAACAAGACGAGGAAAAAACGGUCGUCAACAACAAGCGAAAACAAGUCUACUUCAAGGACUCAGACAAAGAAACUACAGGAACAGCAUCAUUUUGCCCAGAACGGGUCAGAAACAACUCAGGAUCCGUUCCCUGAUUUUGACGGCGCCUUUGAUUGCCCCUAGAGCGUUUCGCAAUGCACCACGGUUCGUCUUCGACUGCUUUUGGCGCUUCUUUAACAAGGUCGCGCCACAACGGAAGAUGACAAAGGGUGUGCCAGAAUGGGAAAAAGAACGCGGUGAGAAAACAGUAUUAGAAGGGCAGUCCUCAAACCACGACAACAAUGCAUCAUCUCCUACAUAUUCAUCCAAGCUGAUCGAAUGUGAACGUGAUCCGCUAACAUACAGAGGUGGCGUUCGAGCAGGCACUGCGCAUGCAGCAGUUCAGCUCUGUUUCCACAAUGCUGACUUGGCGCCAACACAACUUCCUGGAAACAUCCCUCUUUUGGCUUUGGUGGCCGAGAAUGAUGCCAUCGUGGAUGAUCGCGAAGUUGGACCUUUUUUGGAGCGAUUGAUGGGAACAAGACCAGGAGACUAUAGUACACCUCCUACGAAGAAGAUGCAUCUGGUGCUGAAGGAUACGAAACAUGCGAUAUUCUGUGAAUCCGAGGAAAAGAUUAGGGAGACUAGCGAGAAGAAGCUGGAAGAGUGGUUUGCGGAGCUGCUUUCAGAGGAAGACAAGACGAAAGGCAGCAGUUUAUUUGAACAGGAUGAUCAAGAAGAUACUGUCCGUGACGCUAGUAGCUGCAGUAGUACAACAGCAGGAAGUAAUAUCGGGCCGAAUGAGUAGUAGAGACAUGUGAACAGAAGAAAAAAUCUUGUAGAGACCACCGAUGCAUCGAUAUGAGAAACUUUUUUCUUCAAUAUACUCAUGACGUCAAGAACAUGCACAGGCUGAGAAAAAUAAAGAACAGCAACACAAUCCGCACUUUUGCCACAUCAUCUUCUGAAUACUGCAUAAACAAGAUUUUUGUUCAAACCGUCGACAUCGGCGUCUGCGAACUUCAAAUAUUAGCCGUUGAAGAUGACGCUGACUGCAAACUCACGAAGUAGUACAACCAAUACAAAAUUACUAGUUGUAGCAUAAUUUCAUCUGCGACACGCUCACUCACAACUCCGACGAGUCCGAUUUUUGCGACUGAAAUUUUGCGAAUGCGAAAAUGAUCACUACAGCACACAUCAAGGAACCUUCGGAGCAUUUCAGAGAGGACGAUCAUCAUACUCCAACUCCAAGAGUUGCAACAUCCUCGAAUCUAUACUGCAAAUAACAACACAAGGCACUCGCAUGAUAGAAGAUGUUCAUCUGCUAAAUGGAAAGUAAAGCUUACUUUUACCUCGACUAGCAUGCCGCCUCCAUCCAUCAUCAUCCCCCUCACGACAGCUCACGACCUUGCAAAAUCCUAUCGCAGUGCAAAGCGCGUUCACUAAUUGGGCCAAGGACAUACUGAUGAACCGUGCCUUGAUGGAAGAGGAGGUGACAAAAGCUAUGGAGGCUGUUGGAACGGGAGAUUCACAAACUGUAGGGCAAGAAGUGGGCAAACUUGUCAGGGUACGAGUAUAUUUGUUGUUUGAUUUAUUUGAUUUAUUUAGAAGAUCUUGACAUCUUCCAGCACUGUUCUCUUUGCUUCAAGGCUUAUUUGAUUUUGUUUACGACCAAACGACCUUCUACAAUCAUCUAGGCCUUUCAUCAUGAUUAGAUUUUGGUCAUUUGAAAUUGCAUUUUAUCCACUCGUCCAGCUCAUCGUCGGUGGUGGCGACGUUUCGGCUGACAAGAAAGAAUCACCUCCAGAGCAGGAUGCUAAGACCGAUCCACCAGUUGUACACGAGGAAGUAAAUAAUGCCUUACCUCUCUCCUGGCGGCAGCAAAAGAAGGGUCGUGCUGAAAAAGUUGUCGCAGGUGGAAAGAGAGAGCAAGGCGAUGACGUUGUUUUAAUGGACGAGGGAGAUGUGGAUGACAAUCAGAGUACAUCCAGGAGCACAAUCGUUAGAACUCCAACAUCAUCAGCAUCGAUAGCUUCCAUGGAUGCGUCUCCAACGUCUUCAGGAUCAGCCUCAACAACUUCAAAUGAAGCAGGAAGUGCCUCCAGCUCCACGAACACUUUUCCAUCUACUGGAAGUUCCAGUAGUACACCGUCGACUGGAAGUUCUAGUAGUAGUACACCAUCUACUGGAAGCUCUAGUAGUAGUACACCACCUUCUCUGCCACAAAGAGGACCCGCCGCGACCUCGUCCAAGGCUAGUAGCGAAGCAGACAAAAUUGCUAAUACGACUCCGACGGACUCUCAGUUUUUCGAUGCUGUGACCGGCACAUCGACACAGCUAUUUGAAGGCUUCAUGGAAGGGAUCGGGUACUACUUGCUUAUACUUCAGAAGUAACGACGUACACUAUUAGAGGAUCAUUUUCAAUAAAAAUAUUUCAGAAGUUCAAGAAGUGAGAACUAAACAACUCCUUAGAAGUUUAGUUCUCUCUUGAAGAUCUCAUAGCCGCGCGAGGAGAAGACAUGAGCAAGAACGGCUUCAUUUUCACUUUCACAAAUUCAACUUUCGUCCUCAACAACUUCCAUUCACAGACUCGGGUCCGCCGACACGUUACUGAAGGAAAGUGAAGCAGACGGCUUCGAAUUGUACAGAGCUGCCAUGCUGAUGGGUCAAGGUCUGAACCAAGGCAGCUUAGACCAGUUUGCCACGGGUCUGACUCAUUUUGGUGAGGCAAUGCAAAAAUUCAAGCCUCUAUGGCAAGACGCCAUAAAAAGCGAUGAGGAUGCGGAGAAGCUGGUCAAUGGUCUCCGCUACUUGGCGGCGGAUAGAGGAGACUUGCGCGAGAUUGGAGCGAUUAUUGGUACUACUCGAGCAAUCAAUUAUAUCAACCUCAUUGAUCAGCUUACAAACAUGCUUCUCAUUUUUUUCAUCUUCAAAAAAAAGAAAACUGCAAGUACAAAAACAAAAAUAUGACUGAGGUACUCGACAUUACUUCAUCGUUCUUCCACUAGUACCACCGCCACCACCAAAUUCCCCCCUCCCAAACACACACAGCCCGCCACUUCCGUUCCCAGCGCGACCCGAUGUUGGUCGACCUACAAGAAGCAGUGGGAGAUUUGCGACGCAAGGCAUGGCGGGAGUUGGGCAAGGCGGUCGGCGAAAUACUAAAAGAAAUGUAUGUGAACCCACAAAAUUUCCAGGAUAGGCCUCACAUAGUCGCACUGCUAACUAGAGUGCGACGAGAACGCCUUUUGCCACUAGCACUACAUGGAAUUAUCUCGAAGGCGGGAACUAUUUUUCAAAGUAGGACGGUGAAAAAUUGAAAUUUUUGAGAAGGUUGGAUAAGGUGAAGUGCGUGUUGAGCUUUUCUACUAGAACAAGGGCCAUCCAUUUAGUGGACUAAACCUUCAACACCGGCGACUACCAACUUUUUCGCCGUUGCUCGUCACUUUGACACUAAUUUCUUACAGAUUUUUGCAAAUUUUUUUGUCGUUUUGGUUCUCAUUUUUCUUAUCCGAAAUCAGUGUAAGUCGGUCUAAGAACUAUUAAGAGAACCACGUCUGUCGUGGUGCUAGUUUCUUGUAUUUCUAUUUCUUGUUCUUGUUGUUGACAAAUAUAUAUAAACCGUAUGAUCUCUAUUUCACGACAACAGCGUGAUCCUUGUAGCUAGUGGGCGAUGUUGGCUCACGUGGGCCAGCAUGCACCUACAUUUCUCGGAGCCGUUGUUUUUGUUUGGUGUAUAGUCGUGUGAUUUUAUCUACAAGAAGUUUGUCCGCUUUGUGUGGUAACCAGUGUUCCCUUAUAUAUUAGUUUCAUUGUUCGGGAAGACAAUCGGUGAUCGAGUUCUGUACGCGAGUCUGCUUCGUCGGGCGGCUACAGCGGCCAUCCCAUGAGGAUGAUGCUCCGUAUUGCUAAGUAAAUGCCUAAGUGAAGUCAAAAAUAAAUUUGCAUCAAACAGUACCCACGAACUGGUGGUGUCAUCGCGGUCUUUCUGUAUUUGUUCGUGACGGACAGAUAAGAAAGCCGUACCGCAGAACAAGGAGGUCAGAGUACUUAAUAUCUAUCUACUCGUCAUUGUUUCGUGAAAGUGUAAUAAUGUAAAAAUUUUUAAAAGAAAAGAUAAAAGUUGAUCGUGAAAAGCCAGAGAAGUUUGAAGAAGCGAAAAAUAAAAGGCGCAACAAGUAGCAGGUACGACUGGCCUGGAAACUUUGUUGUAACUCUCAUUGCAACCUGGUCGAAGACGAAGAUGACCCGUCGCCAAAAUCGAGCAUUGGCGCAGGUGGAGGAGACACCCGCAACGAUCCGAAUCCGCCGAAAGCAGGAAAUGACAAUGUCGAGAAAAAGGGCUGAAGUUGAUAUGGUUCUACUUUGUCUUGCGGAAAACAUGGGGAACGUACACGUAGUUCUUUGAUUCGUGUUGAUGUGUAAUUACAGGACAGAACGACACUGAUGUCCAUUGUAGUUGUAACACUCCUCAUUCCCGUGCUCCGGUGCGUGGCUGUGCCAGUUUGCGAACUGGAUAACACUUCAGACUACAAAAAAAAAGCGGCGGAGACUCUCUGAGUCUGCAUCUGAGUCCUCGACAUACCGUCUUCACCAAAUUGUCUCUCAGCUAACUCCGUCAUAAAGAUGAGCACAACUCUGUAAUAAACGUCAUUGAAUGUCCAACAACGGGGAGGUGGCUCUCGUACAUUUUCUUCAUCAUUUUUUCGAGAUUAUAGUUGGUUUUCAUUUCCUGUAUCUACGGGAAUGAGUGUCUUUCUUCUUCAUGUGCUUGUGCACUGCACUCGACUGAAUUAUAACAAAACACACCCUGCAUAUUCACACUGAACUAGAGAUCGGCAGCAUUUCAUCUGCGAAUUUUUAACUUUCAUCGAACACCGAUGGGUGUAAUCUCGUAACUAUUCAAGUCGUAACUUUUCAAUCGAAUCCACUAAGAGCAACAUAGAUACCGAUACGACAUUUCUUGAGAAAAAAAUCUAACAAGACUUUGAGAAUACAACGAAGUAGGAACAUGUCAACAAUUUAAACACAACAUAACUAGUAGCAACUCGUCGAUAAAAAGGAGAC